UGUAAUGCGAUAACAAAACAUAUACAGCUAUCUUUUUGACAGAAUCGGACAGGCGAUAUAAUGUUAUUUGUUAAUAAUUUUUUUGUAAAUAUUUUAUAAAUGGGCGACUGUAGAAUGUGAUCACGAUGGGCGGGUGCAUAGGAAUAACUAGAAGCAGGAGCGGGCCCAUAGAGGAGUCGUCGGGGACCGUGUCGCGGCCUAAUUCGGGCGGUCUGCGGAAGAAUCAGUCCCUGUGCCACGAGACGAUACGGUGGAAAUCAGACGUGCCGUUGACGGAAGGCCAGUUGAGAAGUAAACGAGAUGAGUUUUGGGACACCGCUCCGGCGUUCGAGGGCCGCAAGGAGAUCUGGGACGCGUUGAGAGCAGCAGCGGUGGCGGCCGAGGCCAUGGACUUUCAGCUCGCUCAGGCGAUACUUGAUGGCGCUAGUGUUUCUGUGCCAAACGGCUACUUGACAGAGAGCUACGAUGAGUGGGGAACCAGAUAUCAGGUGCCGAUUUACUGCCUAUCGGCUCCCAUCAACAUGGUGAAGGAGGCCCACGGGCGCGAGUCCCCUGCGGAGUGCUCGGAGCCGGUGGAGGGCGGUGCGGCGCUGGCACUGCGCCUGCGACUGUCCACCGGCGGGCCCGACCGCGACCUGCCCGUGAGCUCCAAGAACACCAUCGCACACUGCAAGGCCAAGCUUCACGCGCAGGAGAACAUCUCUCCGUGGCGGCAGCGCUGGUUCUACGGCGGCAAGCUGCUGGGCGACCGCCUGCUGGUGGAGGAGGCGCGCGUGACGCCCGGCUACGUCGUGCAGGUGAUCGUGGCGCCAGACGACGCCGCCCCCGCCCCCGCCCCCGCGCCGCCCAGCUAGUCGCCAGGAGAAAUUACGUCCUCACCACCGAGACUGGCGCUCAUUCUAAAUAGUACUAUGAGAAGGAUAACCGGAUAUAAAAUAAAAAAAGAUAAAAAAAAUUAAAUUGCUGGAUCUACGCGCACAUUUUCUAUAAAAAAAGCCGA